AUGGCUAAGAUUUCGAGCCGUUGUGUGCGGUCUGAAUUGAUCUAUUUAAGUACAGACGUGUGUUACGUGUUUGGGUUGUCCACUGCAAAUUGGAUCCCCCAUGGUACUCGGUUUUAUUUUUAUGUGCAGUGGCAAUACCUACGUCGCAUAUGUGCUACGAAGUACAAUCGUUUUUAUAGUGGCAUCUGGACAGAAGUCCAAGCUGCACUCAUCCACAAGUACGCGACGUGUUGCUUAAAUACUUGUCUGUGCUUCAAUCGAUACCCACAAAGCCGGCAGGCCUUGGGAAUACAGAUCUGCAACCAGUAUCCUAGCUCACAGAAUACCAGCGCGAACCUGCCUCACCACUCACACCAGCAACCAUUCCUCUCACAAACAUCAGAGGAGAAGCCUAAGAAGACUCCGUUGCUGUCGCCGCUCAUGAGAGCACUUCUUCAUUGGCUGCUGUUAGCUCUGCUAAUGAUUGGCUUGGGGUUCCUAGUGCCCGUUCAGUGGCAGGCUCGUAUGCUGAUCUUUGUUCUGGCUUGCGGAUUGGGAUACAUGCUUGUAUGGGAUGUGCAUCCAUCCCUACACACUCCUCUAAUGAGUGUUACGAACGCCAUCUCCGGCGUGGUCAUCAUCUCGGGACUGGAGCUCAUCGGCGGCGCAUUAGAUAACACAGGAUCGUGCCUUGGUUUGGCAGCUGCUAUUAUCGCAUCUGUCAAUGUCUUCGGGGGCUUUGCGGUGACGCAAAGAAUGCUCAAUAUGUUCACCGUGAGUUAAAUACGCGAAUUGAGACCUAUAAUCGUACGAGCGCCCCAGCCAUAUAAUAUCAUGUUUUAUUGUGUUUAUUCAAUUGAGGAAUAUGAUAUCUUCUCCAUUUACGAAGAAUCUACUUGUAUUUAUACCUGUAAACCAUCUUUUUGUAAUUUUUAUAGAGAAACUGCUACUAAUACAUGCGAUACUCGCCCUUCGAUCGCUACUUUCAUGGGUCGAACGCAAACCGAAAAGGAACUUCACUUUUAAUCAAUAAAAACUACACCGAACCGAA